AUGCCUGAUAUGGGAUUGACCAACUCGUCUCGUCGCCGGGGGCGAAGAGGCAAGUCCAAUGCGAUGGAUACAUCAGCUUGGACAUCAUCUCUGUAUUCCACGCGCGACCCAUCCCAGGUUAGCAGCUACUACCUCAGGCCAUACGAAGAAGACCAUAAUGAUCUUUCUGUGGAUGAUUCACUCUCCGGCCUGGGCUCUCUGCUUCGUGGGUCACAACGCCCACCGCACACGCCUAGGUCGUAUGUUCACAGUGCCACUCAAAACGCUAACCUGAGUGGGUACGAUUAUGCUGAAGAGGAUAAAUUCAUGGAACGAGUCGAGUCAGAAUGGAGGCAGCACGCUUCGGAGCAUGAUGGAUUGGCUGAUGCCGAUCCCCCGUCUACAACGCCAGAGCUCGAGAAGGCGGAUGACCCUGUGUUUGAAGCUCAGCCGACGCCGCAGGUACCGGGGCUAUUCCGUUCAGUCUUAAACUCAACCAAGCGGGAUGAGUUUCUUUCCUCCUCAACUGACGAAAAACACAAGAACAUACAUCCAGAGAACACGCGUGGUGACUCACAGUUUGAGUCAGCUUCGGGCUUCUCCCUGUCCUCAUCUUCAUCGGUAUGGACUGUCCUUUUCCGCUGUUUCCUUGUGAUCGCAGUACUCUUCAUUAUUUAUCGAAAUGUUCACAAGUUCGUUUCCUCGCCAACCCCUAAUGAUCCUCUUGUUGAAUCGCGUCCAUGGUCGUCGGCUGGCUCGGGUGAUGAACUACGUGAACGCAUAUCUGUUUUGGAAGGUGCGCUGAACAGGGUAUGGCAAUCUGUGGGUGAUGUAGGACAAGAGAUGCGUGUAUCCCAAGAGAAGUUGAUGCAUCGACUUUCUAGCUUAGAGCAGAAAGGCUUGCUGCGCUCGAGUCUCGAUUCCCUUGAACGUGAUGUGCGCUCAUUGAAAAAGCACCACGCAGAAGGCAUGUCGCUGUGGCAGUCGGAGAAGGCGCGAAUCGAAGCUAUGCUGUCGCAGCACAUCGAGCAAGGCGAGAAAUCGAAGAACAAAAAGGAUAACUUGGCCGCACUUUAUGAUCAGCUCUCUGGGCUCGAGAAGAGACUUGCUCGUGCAGAAAAGCAAGUGUCAGAAGCGUCGGAAGCUGCAUUACAGGCGAAGCGCGCCUUUGAGCCGCUUCGCGACUUCGUGCCUGACCGUUUGCCUGUUAGGUAUGAUGCACGCUCCAAACAGAUCCGCAUUGAUCCUGCUUUUUGGCAUGAAUUUCGUAAGGUUAUGCCUUCACCAAGAGGCGCUGGAGGCGAUGAUACCACUAUACCUCCCUGGCACGUGUUCCUGGCUGAGCAUAGGAAUGAGUUGGAGGAGCUGUUCUCUCACGUGGCGCGUGCUGAUCCUGACACGUCUAUGUUCUUGGACAAAACGACAUUCUUCGACCUGAUGGAGGCCGAAAUUUCUCGCGCCAAGAUGGAACUGACGACUCGUUUCAACGAGCACGUACAUGGCCUUGAGUCUGAUGUACUGGAGAAAGUGCGGAAACAGCAAGAGUCGUUUAUGGAGCAGCAAGACGCAUUGAGCCAUGAUGAAACAGGUUCAGAACUGCAGGUUGAUCAAGUUCGAGAGCUCAUCGAUGCAGCGCUUGCCGUAUUUGCUGCCGACCAGAUUGGGCGUGCUGACUACGCUCAGUACUCAGCAGGAGCACGGGUGAUUCCCAGUCUCACGAGUCCGACGCAUGAAGUGCGCGUUCAAGGCACUAAUGUACACAGUUUUACGUCAAUGAUUUCGUAUCUGGUGCCGCUGCCUUUGAGAUUUGGUACUCGUGGUGCAGAUUCAUUAUCGUACACCGUGCGAGGCCGCAUGCCUGUUGUGGCUUUGCACCAUGAUACUUCGCCUGGCAUGUGCUGGCCGUUCUCGGGCUCGCACGGACAGUUGGGCGUCCAGCUAGUGCGGCGCAUCAAAGUACAAGCUAUCACUGUGGAUCAUGUACCGGCUGUUCUCUCACUCGACGGACUAGCGUCUGCGCCUCGAGAAAUCGAGGUUUGGGGCAUUGCCGAGACAAGUCAGGACCGCGAGCGUGUGGAACAGUGGCGCUUAUCGCAGGCAUGGUCAGAUGAGCCAGCGCCCGUGCCACCUUCACCAUCACAUGUAUUCCUAGGCUCGUUUGUGUAUGAGGCGCAUGCUGGGUCUCCACCAAUUCAGACAUUCCCUGUGGGCCACGCUGUAGGCUCUCUUGGACUGGCUUUCCGCACGGUUCAGUUCAAUAUCCUGAGCAACCAUGGCUUACGCGAUUUCACAUGCCUCUAUCGCGUACGCGUCCAUGGCGAACCUGUGGGCUAG